AUGUGGAUCCCGAUGAUGGCUGCGGCCGCACAACACGACAGGGUCGUACUGUCACCGCGCCGGUUGCAGCAGCAACAGCAGCAGCAGCACACUCCGUCGCCGGAUCGCGAUCGACAUGGCCAGCGCACUUAUCUGCACAUGGUGCCCAUGUUACCCCCACCUACCGUCCCUUCGACCCAUGACGGUCAGGACACAAUUAUUUCGGAUCGCCUCCAAGACACUUCAUUCCAAUAUACAUCCACCGCACCAUCAGUCAUUUCAGGAAAUGCAUUUACUACCCCGUCAAAAAUCCCCAACUCCAUCAACAAACUGAACUUAAUACAGUCACACUCCAAUAAAUGGGGCAGCUCAAGAAAGGUGCACGAAAGAUCCACUGGACCGGACUGGUUCGAGACGAAAAUGGCAAACGCUAAGCUAGAGAAAAAAAGAUCAUCGAAGUGUUUUUGGAGCUCGUCAUUCGUAGUGGACCCAACCACGCACUUUCAUUAUAAGGUGAGUGAUAUUAUUCAAUUUAUUUAA